AUGAAAUCCAUUGCACUACUUCCGUCCAUUCUCUUCCUCGCAGAUCCAGCUGCAUCCUUAUCAGCAUCAUCAGGUUUCUUCAAACUCGAUCGAUUCACUGCCACCUGUCCUACCGACGAAAGUUGCAUUCGACAGUUUGAUUUCAACCUGAUGGAUGCAGAUGGGAACGGGAUUUGGGCAAAUAUAGGAACUUGGGCAGCUGUGUAUCGGUCGAACAACAACAAGCCCAGCUUAUUCGCUCGGGAUGAAUUCUUCAGUGCCAUGAGUGAGGCUACUACUCCGAAUUAUAACGAUAAUUCUGCAAACCAAUCAUCACCUGACCAAGUGGAUUCCUCCAAGAUCUCGACACCCAUGGCUCUUGAAAAGCCAGUAGCAGUAGCGAGAUUAAUCCCCUCGCCAGAUUUUGAGCACAAGUGGAUUCUGGAUUGUAUGCGGUGUGCGCUCAAGAAAGAAGAUCUGGAUGAAACCUGCGAUGGUGGCAGUGAAUAUGUGGAGGCUCUCAGUGUCUGUGUGGAUUCGCUGUUAUUGCACCACCUCAAGGAGAAUACCAAAACUGGUACCGUCUUUGAAGGAUCUAUUCGUACGAAAGCAACUCUGCACAGCAGCAAAAUCUUGGAAGAACGAGGAUUCACUCCAGUGCAAAAAUUAUCCACCGACAUGGCCACCCACAUAUCUCAUUACGAUGACUGUUUGAAGAAUUAUGCAUUGCGAACAGCUAGUACCAAUCUAAGUCCAGAAGCCCGAGAUAGAGCCCUACAGAUAGUUUCUUUGUUAGGAAAGCUGGACGAGGAGCUUGAGCGAAAGGCAAAGGAGAAUGAUAGUGCAGAUGGGAAUUCUGAUGAGGACGAUGACUACGAUCCAUGGGCUAAUAUCAGUAUGCAAAUAUAA